AUGUUACGGGUUUUCGUGUUCUUAAUACUGCUUAACAAGAGCAGAACAGAUGCAUUUUUGGAACCAGUGGCGUUGUCCAACGUUCUUGCUGAACUGAAGGACGAAGUUCUUGGAGUGAAAAGAAUGCAGGUCUGUUUUUGUUCCAAUCGUUCAAGAGAGUUUUUGUAAAAAAUGUUCUCAUCCGCUGUACACUUUAGUAUAAUGUAUGUAUAACACAAUAGUCAAUAUACAAUAGUCAUAUAGCUAUAUCACACUAUAUAAUAUUACCGAUUUUAUACAAGAUUCAUUAGCAGUGCAUAUCAUACACCAAUAUAGCUUCAAAUAUUUAUCGAAAAUCAUCUUUGUAAUAACAACUACAUGCAACAAUCAACUUAUAUUUAGGCUGUCUGGAUGUAAAGCAUUGGGCGCACAGUAAACCUGAAUUAAUAGGCCCACACUUUCGAUAACGCAAUCGAAAGUGAAAUUAAUAUAAAAUACAAAAGCGAAAGUAUAUAUUUACCAGUCAAAUUGGGUUGAAAAUCAACAUUCAUUGCUUUUAUCAACAAUAAUAUUAACAUGCAGUCCGCUUUCUAACGAGAUGUUUGUCUAUUGUGGACGAUGUCUAUCGUAUUGUCAGUGAAGCAAAGUAACAUCCCCACUGUAGUUGCAUUGACGGUAUUUAAAUUGCGUAGUUAGUUCUAUGUAAGUCUGUUUCCUGGGAUCUUAAACUUUCUCUUUCACUUUAUUGUUAAUAUUUCUGUGAGUAUUUUAAUGUAUUUUAAUGUAUAAUUUAUUAGUACAUAUUUUAGAUAUCGACUGAACGUUCCCAGAUUCACACGUUAAAUAAUUUAAUUUGGUCAUACUUAAGACCGAGGGAAAACGUACUGGCCCUGCUGGGAUAGAGAUUAAUGUGCAUGCAGCUUACAAGUAACAACACUACGGCUUACACGAUACAGGAUUCGUAUCGGAAAAACAUCAAUUUAAGGUGUUUUCCAGUCUUGUCUGCUAUUACAACUUUUCAUAUACGAAGUUUUUGUUUAAUUAUGCUAUAUUAUCAUAGUUUUAAGUGCCAAAUUCACCUCGAAGCAGUAAAACUUGAUGUCGCUCCGAUGCGAAUCCGGUAUCGUGUAACUGGGGCCUAAGAGUAGUAACUGUCUCGUUGAAUCCCCAAUUACACGAUACCGCGAAUUUCUCGUCAUGAGAUUAAAUUUAGCAGCUAGAUUCUUUUCACGACUUUAAUUAAUGUGUUGAACAGGGACGCCGGAACGAUAAUAGGGCAAAGGGGGGCGGACGCACACCAAGGGCACCUUUACUGAAAAUUUUUUUUUCACUGCAAAAUUUUUUGGCGACCUCCCCCCCGUCGUCAAAAAAAUUUCGGUCAGUGUACCAUUUUAGGGGUCAAAAAUGUUUUCCGGACAUACAAAAAUUUUCCGUGAAGCCAAAAAAUUUUCCGGAUAUCUUAAAUUUUCGCCAUUUCUUCAAAAUAUUUUUCUACAUUCCAAAAAUUUCCCAAAAUUUUUACAAAUAUAAACUAUAAAUUACCUGAAUCUCGUGAUUUUCCUACAAAAAGCAUCGUUGGAAAUGUGAUUUAUCACGUAUUAUUUUACAACUAAAAGGGCACUUCUGCCCCCCCCUAGCAAAAGGCAAGGGGGGCAGCCGCCCCCCCCCCUGCCCCCCAGUUCCGGCGUCCCUGGUGUUGAAUUAUUCUUGAGAAAACCGGCCACUAUUGUAACUUAAAUUAGACAAACCCUUAUUUUUAUUCAUUCUGACUUUGUUGUCUCACUCUGUUAUUGUAACAAAUUACGUUCACAAAAAACUCGAAAAGAUUAAAUUUAGAAGUUUUACGAAUUGGAAAAUAAACAAGUGUCAAUAUAGGACAAGUUAAAUAUCUUGAUAUGCCCCGGAUAUUACUCCUGCAAAUAUUUAGUAUACAUAAGUAUAUACUUACCAAAUUAACACCCACAUCUGAUAUCUAAUUGACUUUCCUUACGAUUGUUUUAGACCUUCUUUGAUAACUCUAAGUUUGUUUAUGAAAAAGUGGAUGGAAAAAGAGAAAUUGAUCUACUCUCCAACCUAUUGAGACAAAGAUUUCACGACAACAUUUUUGCUCUUGAACAAAUAAAAACCACAGUGGAAAACGCCUACAGUAAUCAGCAAGUAUAUUCUUCACCAAUUUAUCCUGAAUGUUGCAACAUUAACCCAACUGAAACUGAUUACAGAUUUAAGACGAAAGUUUUCAGGGAUAGAUUUUGUGAACUUCGUGCAAAAUAUGUUUCGAAGGGUGCCAAACAUCUUUCAAAGAGUUUGAAGGAAACUAUGAUAAACAAUUUGAAUAAAAAUCCUGAUCUGAAAUGGCAGUAUUUUGGAUCACAAGAAGGAAUACUUCCAGUUUAUCCAGCAUUCAAGUUCCCAUCAUGUGACAGCUAUGAUAAUCGUGUUCGCCCGUGGUAUGUUGAAGGAAUCGCACCCGAACCCAAGGAUAUUGUGUUGAUUAUUGAUAAAAGUGGUUCGAUGGAAGAUAUUAUUGGCAAUAAAACUCUAAUUGAAAUUGCUGUUAGCUCAGCGGUAUCUGUGCUGAAUUCUCUGAAUUCCAAUGACAGGGUAAGUUAUGUAACACAAACCAGGUGUUUACAUGAUGGAUCACUAGGGUCUAGGGAUGAUUAUAAUUAUAUUAUUCAUAUUAGGGAAAGUACAUUUAUUACACCGAGGGAGGCGGAUGAAGAUGUCUUGAAAAAAGCUCAUAUUUUUACAGGGCCCCUGUUGAGGUUAUCUGUAAAUUUCGAUGCCCCCCCUCCAAGUUUUUAAAAUUUUCAAUGGCCCCCCCCCCCCCUCUAGAAUUCGGAAUCGAAGGAGUACAAUCCGGAAUUGUCUCUUAUCAUAGAUACAAUUUGCAGUUCCUCAAGAUGUCUGAUAUACUCAAGUGCUUCUCCUCAACAAAACUACCGAUCUGCUGCUUCUUUCAUCUCACUAGCGCCUGAUGAAAUGACAUCGUCUUGAAAACAUUUUAAAUUGGCUCUAGGGGUGGAAUUAUCAACAGGUUGUUGUUGUCCAUCAUUCAGCGUAUUCGGAGUCUUGAACACGUUCAUGUAGUGGCCAGGAUUUCCUGGAUCAGGGUAAUGUGCUGGAACCUUACAGUAUGUUGCCCCCACCCAACGUAUCUCCCGGCAUCUGUUGCAAAUGUCUUUGCAUGCCUGUCAAAAAUGCAUGCAAAAGUGCCAGUAUGCUUCAAUUUCUUUAAUUUCCAUCCCGUUUGUACGAAAUAUCCCAUAAACAUAGAACAUAUCAUUCUUGCAAAUUGUAUAUGCUUUUUUGCUUUUUGGCGCGUAAAUUACUUCACAAACCUGGCGCAAAAAAAAAUUAAAAUAAGCUAUAGGUGAUUUCAUGUAUCCAUUUAGAAGAGCAGACUAAGGAUAUCUUAAAACUGAAAUCGGUUUCGAAUACAACCAUCAGGGACGUAGCAAAGCAUCUGACAUUUGGGGUGGGGUAUGUCAGAGGAUUAUACGUGUAAUAAUUAUAAUAAAGCUUUUUGUGAUUGAUUGGCACUCUUAUACUAAGUUUUGGGAGAAAAGGGGGGUCUGGGGGUCCUCCCCCAGAAAAUUUUUACAUUUUCGAAGCUCUAGGACUGAAUUUCUGGCAUUUUCUAAAGCUAAUUUCGCAAACAAAUUGCACGUAAAUUGACUGUAUUUUACAAAAAUGGUUAUCAUUUCACAAAAAUAAUUACUUUAUUACGCAAAUUUUACCUGAAACUGAUGUAAAAAUUUUAACUUUAAUUUGUUGGGGUCAAACCUUUGAAAAGUUUAGAGCCCCCCCUUCAGUAUAUCAAGAAGAGCCCCCCCUUUAAUGCCAGAAAAUAUUUCGGAGCCCCCCCUUAACAUCUUCAUCCCCCCCCCCUCGGCAUAAUAAAUGUACUUUCCCCUAUAGCACGAGAAUUUAAUCUAUUAAUGCUAACUGUCGCCUUAAUCUCAAAGUAACUACUUGACCGCGUAUCCACUAAAAUAUAGAGCUACCUGUAGCAUGAAAAUUUGAUUUAAUGCUAAUCUAACUGCAUGCCUCGUUCUCAAAUUUGACUGCGUAUCCACGUAUCCACUAGAAUAUAGAGUUACCUUUAAAUUAACACUAUCAUGACAAUUUAAGCUAUUAAUGCUAAGUCACUGUAUGCCUCUUAGCUACCUUUACCACCAUGGGAUUUUAAUCUAUCAAUCUAAUUAUUAAUCUAUUGAGAAUAAAUAUAGAUGUAUUAAAAUACAUCGUAUCCAUGUUUGAAAGGCAUGGCUUAAAAAGUGGACGGGUAUUCUGCAAUCGCUCCGAAAAGAGUUACAAAAAACAGUUACAAAAAACAGUUACAAAAGCAAAGAAAAGCAAGUGGGAAAUUGGAAAUGCCCCCCCCCCAGUUUUUUGGGCAGUCGGGCAAUAUUUGAUCAACAGUCGGAAUUUUUUUGGCGACGGGGGGGGGGUCGCCAAAAUAAUUUUUCCGGAAAAAUUUUUUUGAUACUAGUCGGGCAGAAUUCGAAAAGUCGGGCAAUUUUCUUUCCGCCCCCCUAAUUUUUUCCUUCCGGUACGCCCAUGGGAACGUUCUCGUGUUAACUGACCACAAGCCUUUGGUCACCAUUUUCAAGAAACAGAUCCUGACCAAUCCUAGGCGCCUACAACGAAUGAGGUUAUGCCUCCAGAAGUACUCACUCCACGUAGAGUACAAACCAGGUCCACAGAUUUACAUCAGUGA